AUGGGGAAGGCAGAAAAAGGUACGCCAAAAGAUUUGGCCAAUAAGAUGAAGGCGAAGGGUUUGCAGAAGCUUCGGUGGUAUUGUCAGAUGUGCGAGAAACAAUGCCGGGAUGAAAAUGGCUUCAAAUGUCUGUCUAUGUCUGAAAGUCACCAAAGACAACUUCUUCUCUUUGCUGAGGACCCUGAUAAAUACCUGGAUAGCUUCUCUCAGGAAUUUUUGGAUGGUUACACCAGUCUCCUUAAACGUCGAUUUGGCACAAAGCGUGUUCAUGCCAACAACGUAUAUCAGGAAUAUAUUCAUGAUCGACAUCAUAUUCACAUGAAUGCCACGCAGUGGGAAACUCUGACAGAUUUUGUUAAAUGGCUUGGUCGUGAAGGUCACUGUGUAGUGGAUGAAACCGAGAAAGGUUGGUACGUGGCUUAUAUUGACCGAGAUCCAGAGACAAUUAGAAGACAAGAGCAGAUGAAAAGACGGGAAAAAUUUGAGAAGGAUGAGGAAGAAGGAAUGCAAGAUUUCAUUAAUAAACAAAUUGAACUAGGACGCUCAAAGCUGGCUGAGGAUGGUGAGACUCAGUUUACGGAAUUACAACGUGAUGAAGGGGAGACUAUAGCUCUCAACAUCAAGUUAGGAGGAAGUAAAUCAGCUAAGCCAAAAUUGGAAGGAAAUAGUGCGCUAAAGGCACCUUCAACUAGCAAGAUAAAGGUUCAAGAAAAAAUAAAAAAGGAUGUUAAAAAGAGGACAGCUUUAGAUGACAUAAUGGAAGAAGAGAUGAGAGGGAAGAAAUCCAAAGAAAUUUAUUCUAAAAGGCAGCUGGAUGGAAAGUCGCAGUCUGAGGAAGGUCCUUGGUUGGUCAAAAAUAUUGUUGUCAAUGUGAUUACAAAAGACUUAGGUUCCAAAUAUUACAAGCAAAAAGGGGUUAUUCGAGAAGUAAUUGAUAAAUAUGCUGGUUUAGUGAAGUUAUUUGAAUGUGGAACUAAACUAAAACUAGACCAGGCACACUUAGAGACUGUAGUCCCAUCCAUAAACAGAAAAGUACAGAUUGUUGGAGGUCGAUACCGGGGACAAGAGGCUAUGCUCAAAAGCAUUCAAGAAGCGUCCUUUAGCGCCACUUUAGAGCUACAAGAUGGCAAAAUUGUAAAGAAGUACCAUAUGAACACUUUAGUAAAUUAUAUCACUCCCUAA